GGCGGGGGGCCGCAGCGCAGCCGUCGAUCGCUUAGACUGAAAGCCCCCGCGGAGCUUUCCGAUCCGGAGAGGUGAGAUCCACCCGCCACCUCCUCUGCAGCCAUGGGGAACCGAGGGAUGGAGGACCUGAUCCCCUUGGUCAACCGGCUCCAAGAUGCCUUCGCCGCCAUCGGCCAGAACGCCAACCUGGACCUGCCCCAGAUCGCCGUGGUUGGGGGGCAGAGCGCCGGCAAGAGCUCCGUCCUGGAGAAUUUCGUGGGCAGGGACUUUCUGCCCCGUGGAUCUGGCAUUGUUACCAGGCGUCCUUUGGUCCUGCAGCUGGUUAACUCCAACACAGAAUAUGGCGAAUUCCUGCAUUGCAAAGGGAAGAAGUUCACAGACUUCGAAGAGAUACGUCAGGAGAUCGAAGCAGAGACUGACAGAGUCACUGGAUCGAACAAGGGGAUCUCUCCUGUCCCAAUCAACCUGCGGGUCUAUUCUCCCCAUGUCCUCAGCCUGACCCUGGUGGAUCUGCCUGGAAUGACUAAGGUUCCAGUUGGAGACCAGCCAGCUGACAUCGAGUUCCAGAUCCGUGACAUGCUUAUGCAGUUUGUCACCAAAGAGAACUGCCUCAUCCUUGCGGUUUCCCCAGCAAACUCAGAUCUGGCCAACUCCGAUGCUCUCAAGAUCGCCAAAGAGGUUGACCCUCAAGGUCAGCGUACCAUUGGAGUUAUCACCAAACUGGACCUGAUGGAUGAAGGAACAGAUGCUCGGGAUGUUCUAGAGAACAAGCUACUUCCACUACGGAGAGGUUACAUUGGUGUAGUCAACAGAAGCCAGAAGGAUAUUGAUGGGAAGAAGGACAUCCAGGCUGCCCUUGCCGCAGAGAGGAAGUUCUUUCUCUCCCACCCAGCUUACCGGCACAUGGCUGAUCGCAUGGGCACCCCCUACCUGCAGAAAAUUCUGAACCAGCAACUGACCAAUCAUAUCCGAGACACACUGCCAGGCCUGCGGAACAAGCUCCAAAGCCAGCUUCUCUCCAUUGAGAAGGAAGUGGAGGAAUAUAAGAACUUCCGUCCCGAUGACCCUGCUCGCAAAACUAAAGCUUUGCUUCAGAUGGUUCAACAGUUUGCUGUGGACUUUGAGAAACGCAUUGAAGGUUCUGGGGAUCAGAUCGACACCUAUGAACUCUCUGGAGGUGCCAGAAUCAAUCGCAUCUUCCAUGAACGAUUCCCCUUUGAGCUGGUGAAGAUGGAAUUUGACGAGAAGGAGCUUCGACGAGAAAUAAGCUAUGCCAUUAAGAACAUCCAUGGUAUCAGAACGGGUCUCUUCACACCUGACCUCGCUUUUGAAGCCAUAGUGAAAAAGCAGGUGCAGAAACUGAAGGAGCCUUGUCUGAAGUGUGUGGACAUGGUUGUGAGCGAGCUCACGUCCACCAUCAGAAAGUGUAGCAACAAGCUCAGUCAGUAUCCUCAUCUACGGGAGGAAAUGGAACGAAUUGUUACAACUCACAUCCGUGAGCGAGAGGGCAGGACAAAGGAUCAGGUUAUGCUGCUGAUAGACAUCGAACUGGCCUACAUGAACACCAACCAUGAAGAUUUCAUCGGAUUUGCCAAUGCUCAGCAGAGGAGCAGCCAGAUGAGUAAGAAGAAGACCGCUGGUAAUCAGGUGAUCCGCAAGGGUUGGCUCACCAUCAACAACAUUGGCAUCAUGAAGGGCGGCUCCAAGGAGUACUGGUUUGUUCUGACAGCAGAGAACCUCUCGUGGUACAAGGAUGACGAGGAGAAGGAGAAGAAGUAUAUGCUGCCGGUGGACAACCUGAAGGUGCGGGACAUCGAGAAGAGCUUCAUGUCUAGCAAGCACAUCUUUGCCCUCUUCAACACUGAGCAGAGGAAUGUUUAUAAAGAUUAUCGACAGCUGGAGCUGGCGUGCGAGACCCAAGAGGAGGUCGACAGCUGGAAGGCCUCCUUCUUGCGUGCAGGAGUGUACCCGGAGCGUGUUGGGGACAAAGACAAAUCCGGCGAGUCAGAAGAGAAUGGCUCCGACAGCUUGAUGCAUUCCAUGGACCCUCAGCUGGAGAGACAAGUGGAGACCAUCCGGAACCUUGUGGACUCCUACAUGGCCAUCGUCAACAAGACUGUCCGCGACCUCAUGCCGAAGACCAUCAUGCACCUCAUGAUUAACAAUACAAAGGAGUUUAUCCAUUCAGAACUGCUGGCAAACCUGUAUUCCUGUGGAGACCAAAACACCCUCAUGGAAGAAUCGGCCGAGCAAGCCCAGCGGCGCGACGAGAUGCUGCGCAUGUACCACGCCUUGAAGGAGGCGCUCCACAUCAUCGGGGACAUCAACACCACGACCAUCAGCACUCCUCUGCCCCCACCGGUGGACGACUCCUGGCUGCAGGUGCAGAACAUACCGUCUGGACGCAGGUCUCCCACAUCCAGCCCUACUCCGCAGAGGAGAGCUCCGGCAGUGCCUCCAGCGAGACCUGGAUCACGAGGCCCAGCGCCUGGACCGCCGCCUGCUGGUGGUCCCACUCUGGGUGGUGCACCUCCUGUGCCCUCUAGGCCAGGUGCCUCCCCGGAUCCUUUUGGGCCUCCCCCACAGGUUCCAUCUCGGCCCAACCGUGCACCGCCUGGUGUCCCCAGAAUCACUAUCAGUGACCCUUGAGGAUUGGCAGCUACGGUACGUUCUUCACAUGCCCGCAUCCCAGCCCCCCGAGCCUCCGGUGA